UUGCCUAAAAAUCCUUUCAAAUUUAGGAGAUCCGCCGCCACACACCCCGUUAACACUCCCCGACCCCAACCGAGAACCCAACCGAAGCCCGUACCCAAAUUCAAGCCGGCAAACAUCGACAUUUUGGCGCCCCAACACCGCAUAGAGCUGGGCACGCCGUCAGGCCCAGCCUACGAUGUUCAAGAUAAUAAAAUAUGCCGGCAGUACCUUUCAACACCGUGGCUGCGUGGAAGACGCACCACUGUGUACGGGUUGCGGUCAUACAAUCCGAAUGCCCGUCGGCCUCUCUGUGGCCCAAAUAAAGAUAAGAAUGGACGCGCACGGGCAAGAGAGGUGCCUGAGCGUGCCGGCGAGGACGGUAGCCGCACGCCAGGUCGCCGUGUCUCGCCUCCGGGAUCUGGACCGGGACGUAUCUCAUUACGUCCUCCCAGAAACCGAGGUGGGCGAAGGGGUGGGGGUGUCGCGUCCCCUGAAGCGGCGCCUUCCCUCCGAGGCGGACCGACGGGCACACGAUUGUAUAGUGUACCUGAAGCGGUACAAGGAGGACCGGCCCGAGUUGCUCCAAGCGCUCGCGGCCGAUUAUCAGUUCCGGCUCAAUUAAACGCAUCAAUGGCAGCGACAACAACGGCAUCAACAACAUCAACAUCAACAACACCGCCUUCAUCACCAGCAAUUUGAAGUUUGCCAACCCAUUCAGCGGGUUAUGUGGGUCAGGUAGAUUGCGCAGAUAUCAUAUGGGGUGUUGGUGAGGCCAAUAAUGAGCCGUUUUUCCCGGCAAAUGGCCAAGGGUGA